AUGUGUGAUUUUCACAGCAUCACAAAUUUCGGAAAGCGAACGCCAAUCUAUGUUGGCAACUUCAAGGUAUAUCGUAGUCGGAGCUUUACCUCAAAUUCUACCAAUUCAGAACCUUCAGUUAAAAGGCGGCUUUCCUCUUCCUCUUCUGGAGAAUCGUUACAGCAGGAGGAUACACUUCAUCAUUCUUGA